AUGCGUUUCGAUGUUGCCUUUGCCGAGUUCUUUGCCAAGCUUUUGCUGCAGCAGUCGGAGGAACUUGAUCGCAUUUUGAAAGGUUGCUCAAGAACAGCUCCAUCGCCCUCGCACUAUCCGGACGGCAAUUACUUGGAAGAAGACAAAUACUCGCCCGGAUUCCUGACGUUGGGACAAAAGUACAGCAUAGCCAUCGGCUCGACGGUGGUGUUGCCGUGCAAAAUUAAUGAGACAGAAAACUCCAGCCAGUUUGUGCUCGCGUGGAAGCGGGACAUUGCGGUCCUGACGGCGGCCUCAGUCAAAGUCACCGUCAACCCCCGGAUACGGCUGAUGCCGGUGCAAGGUCAGUCCGAACCGCACGUGAGCCUUUCCACCGGCUACAACCUGGAGAUCCGGGACGUACGGAUUGGCGACGCCGGUGACUACAUCUGCCAGAUAGGCUCGAUGGAACCGAAGGAGAUUGUCCACACGCUGGAGGUGCUGGUUCCGCCCAAGAUUGAUUACAUCUCACCGGCGAACAAACUGGACGUUCACAAGAAUGCCCUGGUGCGGAUGGAGUGCCGAGGAACGGGCAAUCCCACGCCGAGAAUCAUCUGGUCCCGACGGAACAACGUCCUACCGAGCGGUGAACCGAACAAAACCGGAACCGUGUUCGAGGUGCCGCAUGCCAACCGUCACACCAGUGGACAUUAUAAAUGCACCGCCGAUAAUCGGGUCGGCCAACCGGACAGCAGGGAAAUCGUGGUCAAUGUGCUCUACCCACCGGAAAUCGAAGUGGAGCAGCAAACCGUUCACAGCGGUGUCGGACACGAGGCCCAAUUAGUGUGCAUCGUCCAUGCCGAGCCGGCACCCAAUGUGAUUUGGUACAAGGAGACGACCCAGCUGGGCACCACCGAGCAACACUCGCAGCAGAUCCGAGGCAACAAGCACAGUCUCAUAAUCCGAAAUGUGACUCGCACCGAUCUCGGAAACUACACCUGUCAAGCCUCCAACACCCUGGGCAAGGACCGUGGCACCCUGAGCCUGAGCGGUCUGCCAACGGUUUGCUACUUUGAAUCGCCGACGAUAAGCAGCUACCGGGACCAGUACAACAUCUCCUGGACGGUGCAGAGCUACUCGCCCAUCGAGGAGUACCGUCUGUUCUACCGGCUGCAGUCGGCGUCCAAGAGCCACCUGCUCCACUCGAACACCCACGACAAACCGCUGGAUAAUCACAUCUAUUCGCAUUCCACCUACGGAUCGCACAGUGGCGGCGCCGGUGGGUACAACCCCGGGGGCCACAUCGGCAGCGAACAGUGGGAAAACGUCGUCAUUCCGGAGAUGAUGGCCAGCUACAACGGCAUGCGCGGGGGAAUGUUUUACAACACUCCGUACAACUACCAGCCGGGCAUUCGGCACCGGAUGAGUUUCCAGCUGAAGAACCUCCAAUCGGGAAGCAACUACGAGGCACGGGUCCAGGCCCGGAACGAACACGGCUGGAACCGGCUGUCGAGCAUAUUCCACUUCUCCACCCGGUCGGAAGACAUGGAACUGGAGCCGUCAGCUCAGCCGGCCGUGCACGGUGCUGGCCUGCUAGACAAGGGUCUGCUGGGCCUCGGCAGCAACGACGCGGCAGCGCCUUAUUUUCAUAAAUCAUCGACUUGCGGUGGUCUGCUGCUGGUCCUGUUGGCCGUGGCCGUUGCGAUGGCGGCAUCGCAGCAACUGCCGCUAGCAGCCGGCGGCGGCUUAUCGGCAUGAUUUGCAUUGUUUCCGUUUUCCAUUCCAAUAAAUCACUAGGCGAUCUACGCACCUAAUUAAGGCUAAGAAUAACAGCAAACAUACCAUUCAAACCCGAUAUUCCGAAAUAAGAAAUGAACCACCACCAUCACACCAGCCAGUUGAGCCGCCAUCAACCACCUCGUCGCCGCGCCAUCGCCAUCAUCACAAUCAAAUAUACACGAAACUCUUCAGCUGGAAUUAUAAUGCAAACACACGAUAGGGCAAAAAAAACUAACGGUCGUACAUACUCAACUUUUCCUUAAUUUUCGUGUGCAACUUAAAUCACCCACAAUUAUCCGAAUCUCUGUCCCACACCAAAGAUAUUUCACAAUUUUGAGGUUAGAUUCCCAACGGCUGACAGCUGACUUGAUUUCCCGUACAUAGUAGCCAUAUUUUUUGUACCAAAGAUGUAGAGAAAUUGAGAGAAAAGGAAGACGAAACAAGAGACUUUAAGGUAAACAAAAACUAACGCAAAAAAAUAAGCGAAUGAGAAAAGAAUGACAAAGUUGUGUUAGAAUGAAAAUAAAUGCAUAUUUAUUGCGUCAGCAAACGAUAGAAGGUAACCUUAUUUUCAAAAUUGUGAAUACAAACACCUAACGUAGAAUGUAAACAUCAACUCAUCAGCAGACAGCGUGUUAAACAGAUGGCAUGUAAAACGAGCCGAAAGGGUAAGAUAGUCCCAGUUUAGUAUGGUGUCGAAAAGUUUCUGCAUUCGGAAGAAGACAACACAUUUUCUGGGUGUAAAAAUUAGAACGUCACGACGAAAGUGCGAAGACAAGUGUGUUUAGAGUUAAGAUUGAUUCAGUUUAGUCUGCACAACUUUUUAUUCCUCAUACAUAGAGUUCCAUGCGAACGUUAUAAUUCCAAAACAGAAAGCAGCCAUCCUUUGCUUUUUUUCCAGUGACACACUAAACGAUUGAAUGAAUUCUAUUACUUAUAAGUCUCAAAAGACACACGUAAGCAUAAGUUAAGUAAUAAAAUUUUAUAGUUGAGUAAGGUAAACAAAGGAAAAACAUCAAAAUAAGCGAAACUUAACCAUAGGCCUUUCUAAUCACACGGAAAAUAUUACACAGAAUGUCAUCAAAGGCAGCCAGCACACACCGCAUGUCAGUCCUAACAGCUUGAUCGAAGAAAAAUCUCUGUAUGUGUGAGCAGCAAAUUUUAAAAUCAACAACAAAAUCUACCAUUUUACCGCCGAUUAGUCACGAAUUGAUAUUUUCUGUAAAUAGCAAAUUUCACCUGAAAAGAGAAAAACAAAUAUCAUCAAACCGUCGAAAAACUUUGUUGGAAGCAUUGCCAAAAACCUCAGAACAAAGAUGUAAUUAACUUAAUCCACACUAAAUCAAUGCUUGAGUAAAAAAAAACAAAAACAACAACCAUCACAGCAAACACACACAAACACACGUAAAUCUGAUUGAUUUCCAUUAGUUUGUUUUUGUGGGACCAUAUUAAAUGAAAAUAUAAUAAACUGAUGUGAAAACAUACAAACCAGAAACGGGACGAUAACGGCCGCCACCGCCAUUGGCAGUUCUGACAACCAUUCACUCCGUCUCCCGCCUCCCCUUCCCCCUCCAAUCAUGUGUUUGUGUGUUUGGAACCAGGCAUGCAAAACAAAUUGAUAAUUGAUGGAUAAUUACAGCGUGUAUAUCGAUGGAUGAACAUGCAAAAACAACAUCAAGACGAACCAGCAGCAACC